AUGUCGGCUACAUUGAGGUAUCGUGGCAAUAAGAGUAAUCUCAUAGAGAUUGCCAAAAAUCUGGAUGCCUUCAAGCAGGUUCCAGAAAAAUACACAGAGACAACGGAGAUUGGUGGAACACUUUCGCUUAUCAGUCGCCUGCUGAUUAUCUAUUUGAUCUACAAAGAAAUCCAAUACUAUCAGGAUGCCAAAUUGAAAUAUGAAUUCGUACCCGACACGGAAACAGAAAAAGUUCAAAUGCAUGUUGACAUAACGGUGGCCAUGCCAUGUGGUUCCUUAUCGGGUGUCGAUUUAAUGGAUGAAACCCAACAAGAUGUUUUUGCCUAUGGCACCUUACAACGGCAAGAUGUAUGGUGGAAAUUGGGCGUCGAAGAGCGAGAAGAAUUUGAGCGGCAACAGCAUUUAAAUCAUUUCCUACGUGAACAAUACCAUUCCGUGGCUGAUGUGUUAUUUAAAGAUGUCAUCAAAUCGCAUGAAGUUAGCCAACCCGAAAAGGAGCAACAUGGACAUGUGGCCCAUGAGGAGAAAUAUGAUGCCUGUCGUUUACAUGGUACCUUGGGUAUACACAAGGUAGCUGGUGUACUGCAUAUGGUGGGCGGAGCUUUACCCGUUGUCGAUAUGAUUGGUGAUCAUUUAAUGAUCGGUUUUCGUCGUCUGCCAUCGAAUUUUACCCACCGCAUUAAUCGUUUAAGUUUCGGACAAUAUUCGAAGCGGCUGAUACAGCCCUUGGAAGGUGAUGAGACGUUUGUGGCCGAUGAAUCGACAAGGGUGCAGUAUUUCCUUAAUAUUGUACCCACUGAAAUACACACGGCAUUUAGCACAAUUAAUACUUUUCAGUAUUCCGUAACGGAGAAUAUAAGGGUUUUGGAUGGCGAUGGCAGUUCCUAUGGCUCUCCGGGCAUUUAUUUCAAAUAUGAUUGGUCUGCCUUGAAAAUUAUUGUGCGCACCGAUCGUGAAAAUCUUAUUAAUUUUGUCAUAAGAUUAUGUUCGAUUAUAUCGGGUAUUAUUGUUAUAUCCGGAAUUUUAAAUUUCAUUUUAGUUUCUAUGCAAAAGAAAUUACUCUCCAUAUUUGCACCCCAGCUACUGCACAUAAGACUGAAAGAAUCCCCGGAGAAUACACCGCUGGCAAAACCUCAUCUCUUUAAGGAUAUCACCGCUACUGAGCCACCACAAUUGGUGGUUAGCAAUGAUUUGAUAGCGAAUGCCAAUAUAAUGUCCACAAAAGUAGAGGCUAUUAUUCCGGCCAUUAACAAGACAAAUGAACAAUAA